UGUCACGGGUCGCCGAAACAUCGCCUUCCUGCUUCCAGUUCGCUUAUGAAGGCCUGUUGGGUUAUGUUUGGCUCAUUAUUUUUGUGAAGCAACGACUACAUCUACACAACACAACACAACACAACACACAAUCACAUCAAUAUCAAGAUGGCUCCCUUUGCAAGACUCUCCUUUUGGCAAACUUCUGAUAAUGACAGCGUGGAAUCUUCGGAUCGAUCAACGUCCAUGGUCUUGUCCAAGUCUCCCAUGAAGAGCUUGGCUCGAUUUUGGCAACCUCCGAGCGAGACAUCGCUAUCGGCACCCUCGGAAGAGUUCAUGGUCAAGUCCCCCUUUGUCCCUCAGUCGGCUCCUCUGAGUUCAUCGGAAGAGGAUUCCAUGGACUCGUCCGACCGUAGUUCGGGUGAUUUUGUCAUGACCAUGGAAGAUUCCUUUCUCGCCAUCCUCGCGUUUCUGCAAGAUCAUCACGAUACUGUGGAAGAACUGGAAGAACUGGAAACUCGUGCGGAAUACUUGCAAUUCCUGCAACAAGCCGAAGCGCAUGUCGAACAACUCUGUCAGGAGAAUGGCGCCAGUGUCGAUAUCCCCACGAUUAUGGCACUCUUUACCACCGCCUGGACCGCCUUGCAAGACUAUUCCAUGGACUUGUACAAGAAAGCACGCACCAAAUACACCGUCUUUCAAAACAAACAAAUGGAAGAUUUUCUCAUUACGCAACAAUGGACACCCAAAGAACGAAAACAACUCCAACAAGCACAAAAACAACGACGACGUCCGUCGGCGUUGGAUCCUGUUGCCGAAGAACAGAUUUUGCGAGAAGGACUCGCAUGGACCACACGCUUCAAGAUGGAUUGUCAAAAGGGAACUGUACUUACGCAAGAAUGGGCACGCCACCUCCGGGCACUGCAACGGACUGCCACUGUCGUUGCCGUGUUUGUAUAACUAAAGAAUGGGGGGGCCACUGCCAAAACGAACGUGUAUACUAGAAACGAAAAGAACGGAACCUGCAAACUACUGACCACAGAUAGUUCAUAAAAAGAUGCAGGUUUAAUCCAACACUUUACAAGGGAUCUUCAAUAUCUUUAGCCGAGUACAUAGA